AUAUCAAUGCAUAUUUUAAUAUAGGAGUAAAUAUCUAUAAGUCUUUACCAAAGGAGAAUCCAAAAAUAAUGAUAAAUAGUAACAAGAACAUUGCUAAUUUACACCAUAAAUUAUCAUCAAAAUAUUCUCCUAUAGUUGUUUAAAAUAAUAUGAUGUAAGAUAAACCACAUCCGAAAUUUAAUAAUAUAGACAUCACUUUUGCUAAAAUAUAUAUCCAACUCCUAUUUCCAUAAACAGACGAAAGAUAUUCAAUAAGUGUUUAUCUUUUAUCUUCUCCUAAACAAUUAACCAUUGUACACCAUGAUUUAUAUUACGUAGCAAAAAUUAAUAAUUGUAAUAGUAUACCAAACAAUAAUCCAGAUUGAGAAUAAGCAUACGGUAUAGCAAAUACACCAGAUCCUAAUGUCACCUUUAUUAACUUUGCAGUUGUCUAAAAAUUAGUUGA